AUGAAAAGUUUUGAGUAAAAAGAUGAAAAUCUAGAAAAUGAAUAAAACCAACAAAGUAAGACAUAAAAAAAGCAAAAAAAGAUAAUAGAUAAACUAACUCAACGCACUGAGGAAUAUUUUUCAUAAUCAUAAGGUGGAAUCUCCUCCAGUAAGUCUUUGGCUUAGAUAUCUAACAAUUAGCUCAGAAAACAUUAAAUCAACAGACUCGUUGAGGAAUGCUAAAAAAUGAAGAAUAUUAAAGAAAUUCCUUCAGAAUAGGUUUUGAAAAUGGUUAAAACUUACGAUAUGCUGUUUGCAGCUCAAUCCAAAUAAGUAACAUUAAAGGAAUAGAAUAUUUAAAUUAUCGAUAUUAAAUUGAGAGUACAUAAUGAAUUCGAAGAUUAUUUAUACUCUCAACACUAACUAAUCCAUAACACAUUCAGAAGAGGCCUUUGCUUAUUAUUAUUAGACAAUGAAUACUCAAUAUUAAGGAAAGGACUGAAAAAAUUCUUUGAUAUAAAUUUAAAGUAAUUUUGCAACAAAGCCAAUUCAACUUUGACCAAUAAGACAGAGGAAAUAAUACAUAAUUAUACAUUCUCUUGUUUGCCUAAAGAGUCUGAAAUCAAAAUAACUUAAAUGGAAAAGGUAAAUGGAGAAAAUGCUUAAAUCUCCUAUAAUAGAGCAUUGGAUCGAUGGAUCAUAGGCUCUAAGAAUGUGACAUUAUUAUGUAUAGAUGAAUCUGAGCUAAAUUAAUACGAUUCUUAAAUUACAAACGAUCCACUUGAUAAUAGAUAUCGAUAUGCAAUGAAAAUUGCUUAGGAAUGGUUCAAAAUUAUUGGAUUAUCCAAAAACGUGGAUUCUAUAAAGAAUUAUUUGAAUGAUCAUACAUUAAUUGGAGAAUAUUGUGGAAAUAAUGAAUACUAGCACUUUGUAUAGUAUGAUCAUGUGUAACUCAAAUUUUAUGCAUUGGUUCCUAAAGUAAGUGCUCAAUCCUCAGUCAAUUGUCUUCAUCCAGAUUAGACCUUGGCUAUAUUAUAAUCCUUAGAAUUAAAUACAGUUAAGUUCAAUCAUAUAAUUACUAAAAAUUAUGAAGAUUUUGAAAAACAGUUAUUGGAUAUAAUCAAGACAGUUUCAAUAUCAAAAUUAUCAGAAGUAGGAGAAGGAAAUGUUUUAUAUUUUAGCGAUUCAUAAUAGGAGUGCUUCUCCUUAGCUAAAUUAAAAUCUCUUGAAUGUAAUAGAUUAUUAAGAAUUUUAGAUAGAUUUAAGCGAAAAAUAAGGGAAAAAUUAAGAUUGAUUCUAACAAAGGAUCAAGAUUCAAAUGCAACUCUUAACAAAUACAUAGAUGAAGUCACUUCAUUAGCAAAGGAACUUAAUCAAUUAUUUGAACAUCCUAUUUAAAUAGAUCUAAAUAUCGAUUUAGCUAAAAAGUGUUUUGAAGCUACAUAAAUUGAACUUAUUCAAAAAAAAGAUGCUGAUUUUAAGAAUUUUUGCGUUGAUAUGAUUGAUAAUAAAUUCAUAUCAUUUUUGACAGAAAUAGAGUAAAAAGAUAAGAAAGAAAACGUUUUUGAAUUAGAAUUUUAGAAACACAAUAUAAUUUGA